UGUACUAGGAACUGAGGGUGAAGGAAAGAGUUCUGUGUCUCGCUGGACUGGAAUAGGCUGAGAGAGGAGAGUGCUACCUGGUCAUGGGAUGCUGUAGUGUGACUCAGAGAGGAGCGCAUUCCGGGAUUGACGAUGUGGGCCCUGAUGAGAUCGAGCUCCUGGAGAUUGACAACUCAGGGAUAUGGAGUCUAGGAGAGAGCAGGCUUCAGCUCUCUGUGAGGAAUGGAAAAGACGGUCCACCCUCUCGCUACCCUUCAGUGAGACACCUCAACCAGGAGGUUGUGCUAUGGGGCAGGAGCAGAGAGGAGCUACACCACAGAAUCUACAACCAGCCCAUCCGUGAUUGGGAGGGCCAACCUACACACAUGUAUGGAGAGAUAGUGCACUCCUCCCUGGUGUCUCUCCACAACAGCUACACACAGGUAACAUCGCAGUACACCAUGCUCAGAUAG